UUCAAUUUCGUUCAACAUCAACAUAAUCUCAUUCAUCAUUAUCAAAUUCACGUAUAACGUGUUGAAUUUUGGUGUGUGUGUAUCAAAUCAGCUGUGUGAAUUUUGAUGAAAGAAACAAAAAAUGAAGAAACAAUCCGAUUUUAUUAAUUAUAAAUUGCGGAUAAAUCGUAACGCAUCGGAAAGGCAACAAAAAUAUUAUGAAGAACAAAUGAAAAAACGUCGUCUAGUUGGACAACCAACCACUAUUGAACCAUGGUAUUCAUUAAAUCGUAAUCGUAACAUUUUUAUUUUGAGUGUUAUGUUGACUAGUUUAAUUUUUAUGAAACCAAUAACCGAUGCUAUCAUGGGUUUAAAGCUAGCAUAUCGUUUACAGCAAGAAGAAAAGAAAUUCUGUAAACAAUUGGACGAAGAAGAAGCUGCAGAAGAAUUACAAAGACAACAACAACGACAACAAAAAUUACAAUCAUCGAAAAAUUGAUUGAAUUGAUUUUGGGUGUAAAUAAAUUCUUAGAAAAUGUAAUUAUUUUUUAAUCAGAAAAUAAAAUGAUUAAAACAGAAUUUUUUUAAAAAUCA